ACUUCUUUUUUACUUCCGGAAAUUUCUCCCGGCUUUCCUUUCCCUCUCCCCGACUCGUGGUUGUUCUGAACGGGGGAUAAUCGUGUUGAUUUUUAACUGGAGAAGCACGCUUUCACCGAUUAAACAUGUCUUCUUUCCAGAACGAGGAAGAAGAAUAUGAUCCCUACAACUACACCAACGACUAUGAUCUUCACACUGGUGAUCCUAAAGCUGACCUGGCGUUUGAGCGGCAGUACGAGCACCAGCAGACGUACCACGUGAUCCCAGAGGUGAUUAAGAACUUCCUGCAGUAUUUCCAUAAGACCAUCUCAGACCUGAUCGACCAGAAGGUCUAUGAGCUGCAGGCCAACCGCGUGUCCAGCGAGAGCAUUGAGCAGAAGAUCUAUGAAAUCCAGGACGUCUAUGAGAACAGUUGGAACAAGUUAACAGAUCGUUUCUUUAAGACUUCGCCCUGGCCAGAGGCAGAAGCUAUUGCCUCAUUGGUAGGAAAUGAUGCUGUUUUCUUGAUUCUCUACAAGGAGCUGUACUAUCGGCACAUUUAUGCUAAAGUCAGCGGAGGACCCACACUGGACCAGAGAUUUGAAUCCUACUACAACUACUGCAAUCUAUUCAAUUACAUUCUCAAUGCUGAUGGUCCUGCACCAUUGGAGCUUCCCAACCAGUGGCUCUGGGACAUUAUUGAUGAGUUCAUCUACCAGUUUCAGUCCUUCAGUCAGUACCGCUGUAAAACGGCCAAGAAGUCUGAAGAGGAGAUCGAGUUCCUGAGAAACAACCCAAAGAUCUGGAACGUGCACAGUGUCCUGAACGUCCUGCAUUCACUGGUGGACAAGAGCAACAUUAACCGACAGCUCGAGGUUUACACCAGCGGAGGAGACCCGGAGAGCGUGGCUGGAGAAUACGGCCGUCACUCCCUGUAUAAGAUGCUGGGCUACUUCAGCUUGGUGGGUUUGCUGAGACUGCACUCUCUGCUGGGGGAUUAUUACCAGGCCAUCAAAGUCCUGGAGAACAUCGAACUCAACAAGAAGAGCAUGUACUCGCGUGUGCCUGAGUGCCAGAUCACAACCUAUUACUACGUGGGUUUUGCCUACUUAAUGAUGCGACGCUACCAGGAUGCCAUUCGUGUUUUUGCCAACAUCCUGCUCUACGUUCAGAGGACCAGGAACAUGUUCCAGAGAUCCACCUACAAAUACGAGAUGAUUAACAAGCAGAAUGAGCAGAUGCAUGGGCUGCUGGCCAUCGCUCUGACCAUGUACCCCAUGCGCAUCGACGAGAGCAUCCACACACAGCUCAGAGAGAAAUACGGAGACAAGAUGCUGCGCAUGCAGAAAGGAGAUCUGCAGGUCUUUGAGGAGCUGUUCAGCUUUGCCUGUCCCAAGUUCCUGUCUCCUGUUGUGCCCAACUAUGACAACGUCCAUCCCAACUACCAUAAAGAACCAUUCCAGCAGCAGCUCAAAGUUUUUGCAGAGGAAGUGCAGCAGCAGGCGCAGCUCUCCACCAUCCGCAGUUUUCUGAAGCUCUACACCACCAUGCCUGUGGCUAAGCUGGCCGGCUUUUUGGACAUGACUGAGCAGGAGUUCAGGAUCCAGUUGCUUGUUUUUAAACACAAGAUGAAGAAUCUGGUCUGGACCAGUGGCAUCUCUGCUCUGGACGGAGAGUUCCAGUCUGCCUCUGAGGUCGACUUCUACAUUGAUAAGGACAUGAUCCACAUCGCAGACACCAAGGUAGCCCGCCGUUAUGGAGACUUCUUCAUCCGACAGAUCCACAAGUUUGAAGAGCUGAACCGCACCCUGAAGAAGAUGAGCGCCUCUGGCUCCUCGACCUCCAGCACCAGCACGGCCCGGGCCACAUAAAGCCCGUCACCUCAUCAGCAGCUUCUCUGAGGUUCCACCAGCCAUCUGGACCCGGUUUACUGAAGCGGCGUAGAGUAGUUCUGAUAAUCGUUCUGGUGACUGGUGUUGCUUUGAACCCUCGACCACCGAAUGAUGAUCGAUACCCUGCGAAGAUCCAGUGCUCCAUUUCUCUCUCUCUGACUAACUUAUCAGGGGCAAACCCUUUUCUAUCCAUAAACCAACCAGGGCCAAUUAAAUUCUAUUAAUGCUGAAGCUUUUUUUGUAGAUUAAAAAAGAUGAAUAAACGUUGAUGUGGUGAAGCA